AUGGCGACCACCUGUAGUGUCUUGCGUCAGCGUGGUCUCACUGGCACAGUCCGUAACUCUCCUUCUGAGGAGUCUGUGGAAGUAGAGAGAAACAGUGUGUGUUGGGUGAGCAGAGCUGUGGUGCUGUCUUCGGCUGGCCUGGUGCUGAAGGUAAUGCAGCCUUCCACAGUGCUGGACCGAGUGCCGCUGUCCACUGUGCUGCAGCCAGUGCCGCUGUCCAUGGUGCUGAAGAGAGCCCACCUGUCUCCUGUGCUGAGGUGGGUGGCUCUGUCCAUGGUGCUGCACUGGGAGUCCUUCAGCCACACCCAUGCCCAUGCCUCUCACGAGCCCAUACUGUGUGAUGUGGGGGAGUUUCACUGCCAUGACCAGGUGACCUGCGUCCCCGAGGGCUGGCUCUGUGAUGGGGAGCCUGACUGUCCAGACACCUCGGACGAAACCCCGGACAGAUACCCUGGCGACAGUCCUCCAGCUCUGCUGAUUGGAAGGUCAGAUCACAUAGCAACCACAAGACUAAACGGAUCUAAUCUACAGACUUUGAGACUGUUGGAUAAACAUGGAUCCCUUUCAUUGGAUUACUAUUACCAGGAAGAGGAAGUGUGUUGGCUUAUAUCCUCAGACUCCACUGGAAGGCUACGCUGUGCUAAGAUGAAGAAUAUGAAUGGAUUUACAAUGGAAAAGGAUAUCAAAACAGUACAAAGUUUACAAAAUGUAGAGCACAUGACCAUCGAUUGGCUCACUGGCAACUUCUACUUUGUGGACCGUGUAAGCGACAGGAUAUUUGUUUGCAAUCGUGUUGGGGACACCUGCGUCACCAUUAUAGAUUUAGAUCUGACCAAUCCUAAAGGAAUCGCUGUGGAUCCACUUAUGGGGAUGCUGUUCUUCACUGACUAUGGGAACGUAGCCAAGGUGGAGCGGUGCCACAUGGACGGCACCAACCGAACCAGACUGGUGGAUUACAAGACAGAGCAACCCACAGCCGUGGCCCUGGACUUGGUCAAGAAGCUGGUGUACUGGGCAGACGCCUACCUGGAUUACAUUGAAGUAGUGGAUUACAACGGGAAGAACAGGCAUGCGGUUAUCCAGCAGAGUCAAGUGUCCUACAUCCAUGGAUUAGCUGUCUUUGAGAACUACCUGUAUGCCACUCAUUCUGACCCCUCCAUUGGGAAUACCAUGGACAUCUUCAAGAUCCAUCGGUUUAACACCACAGAACCCAGGACACUAACCAGCCUGGGGAGUUCCAGAGGAGCAAUACGUGUUUACCACAGACUCACUCAGCCAAAAGUAAGGAGUCACGUGUGUGAGAAGGACCCAUAUGGAAAGCCAGGUGGAUGCUCCCACAUCUGUCUGCUGAGCGGUAGCUACAAGUCUAGGACCUGUCGAUGUCGGACAGGCUUCAGUAUGGGGAGCGACGGACAAUCCUGCAAAAAACCCAAAAACGACCUCUUCCUGUUCUAUGGUAAAGGUCGGCCAGGGGUCAUCCGAGGCCUGGACAUGAAUGUGAAGUCCAGUGAUGAGCACAUGGUCCCGAUCGAGGACCUGGUCAACCCCAGAGCCAUCGACUACCACACAGAGUCAGGACACAUCUACUUCGCUGACACAACCAGUUUCCUCAUAGGCCGGCAGAAAAUAGAUGGGAACAGCCGGGAAACGAUACUCAAAGAUGACCUGGACAAUGUUGAGGGGAUCUCUGUGGACUGGAUUGGUAAUAACCUCUACUGGACCAAUGAUGGGUACAGGAAGACUAUUAGUGUGGCCAGACUGGAGAGGGCCUCUCAAACCAGGAAGACUCUUCUGGAGGGGGACAUGUCUCACCCCCGAGCCAUCGUAGUGGAUCCACUCAACAGUUGGAUGUACUGGACUGACUGGGAGGAAGAUGAGGUCAAUGACAGCAUAGGAAGGAUAGAAAAAGCGUGGAUGGAUGGAUCUAACAGACGGAUAUUUGUCACGUCUAACAUGCUGUGGCCCAAUGGCCUCACCCUGGACCAUGGGACCAGCACCAUGUACUGGUGUGAUGCCUACUAUGAUCACAUAGAGAAGAUUCACCUCAAUGGCACUGGCAGACAGGUCUUUGACUACUGGUGUGUCUGA